AUCAUCCAAUUAGCAGAAUUUACCCGUCAAGUGGUGUAUAGAGCACAACUAUUUGUGAAUUACCACAUUACUGAUAACUACCAAACAAUGACUGGUCAUCCAUACCUCUAUGAGCAGAACUUCUGGUGUAGCAUCUGCAAGCUUAUAUUAGGGAAGCAGGUCAGAAAUCAACAAUACAUGGACAUGUCGGUCACGCUUGCCUUCGAUGACUUUAAAAGCAAAUUUCCUACAAUCGUUUACAGUCUGAAGAAAGGAUACAGCGAUUCGAUGGCAGCGGCCUGUGUGACACUGGCCACUACUUAUUCAAACUUUAUAGUAGAGAAUUCUGAAAAUAGGCUCAAGCACUACGCUCGAACAUGCUUGAAGCAUCUGUUCCCUGUAAGUCAUGAUCGC